CCACUCGCGCCCGCUUCCAAGAUGGCGGCAGCGGUACCUGCCCGGCUGUCAGGGUGGCGGUGAGGACGGGAAACAGACGACCAGCUCCCAGGUGGUCACGCUCCCGGCACCCGCGGAGCUAGCUCCCAGACUCGUGAGGAAUGGGAAGGAACCGUCUCCUCAGCCCUGGGUUCCCCUGAGACCACUCCGCAGUGCUGCCGUGACUGCCUCACCCCCCGGCGAAAGUAGUAUUUCCCUUCGUCGCCCUGUCCCCACUCCCGAAACAGCUGGUCCCAGGAGUGCUGGUUGGAGCCUUUGUCUGGCCUCUGUGACAUUUCCAACUUUGGAUGAUGCCUCACAUCUCUGCUCCCCCGGGACCCCUUGGAGCCCCCACGAUCUGGAAGAAGGCAGAUUGAGCCUAGGCCUCAAACCCCAGGAUGUUGCGGAGGCUGCUGGAGCGGCCCUGCACGCUGGCCCUGCUGGUGGGCUCCCAGCUGGCUGUCAUGAUGUACCUGUCUUUGGGGGGCUUUCGAAGCCUCAGUGCCCUAUUUGGCCGAGAGCAGGGGCCUACAUUCGACUAUUCUCAUCCCCAUGAUGUCUACAGUAACCUCAGUCACCUGCCUGGGGUGCCCGUUGCACCAGGUGACCCUCCAGCUCAAGGCCUGCCCUUCUGUCCAGAACGGUCUCCUUUCUUAGUGGGUCCCGUGUCCGUGUCCUUUAGUCCAGUGCCGUCACUGGCAGAGAUCGUGGAGAGGAAUCCCCGGGUGGAAGCGGGGGGCCGCUACCGCCCUGCAGGGUGUGAGCCCCGCUCCCGCACAGCCAUCAUUGUGCCCCACCGUGCCCGGGAGCAGCACCUGCGCCUGCUGCUCUACCACCUGCACCCCUUCCUGCAGCGCCAGCAGCUUGCUUACGGCAUCUACGUCAUCCACCAGGCCGGCCACGGAACGUUCAACAGGGCAAAGCUGCUGAAUGUUGGGGUGCGCGAGGCCCUGCGUGACGAAGAGUGGGACUGCCUGUUCCUGCACGACGUGGACCUCUUGCCGGAGAAUGACCACAACCUGUAUGUGUGCGACCCCCGGGGGCCCCGGCACGUUGCUGUCGCCAUGAACAAGUUUGGAUACAGCCUCCCGUACCCCCAGUACUUUGGAGGGGUCUCGGCGCUCACUCCCGACCAGUACCUGAAGAUGAAUGGCUUCCCCAAUGAAUACUGGGGCUGGGGCGGUGAGGAUGACGACAUUGCCGCCAGGGUCCGCCUGGCUGGCAUGAAGAUCUCCCGCCCCCCCACAUCUGUGGGGCACUACAAGAUGGUGAAGCACCGGGCAGACAAGGGCAACGAGGAGAACCCGCACAGAUUUGACCUCCUCGUCCGGACCCAGAAUUCCUGGACUCAAGAUGGGAUGAACUCACUGACAUACCGACUGCUGGCCCGAGAACGGGGCCCUCUCUAUACCAAUGUCACGGCAGACAUCGGAACUGACCCUCGGGGUCCCCGGACUCCCUCUGGUCCCCGUUACCCUCCUGGUUCCUCCCAGGCCUUCCGUCAAGAGAUGCUGCAGCGCCGGCCCCCAGCCAGGCCUGGCCCUCUGCCCACUGCCAACCACACAGCCCCCCACGGGUCACACUGACACCUCCUUCCUGCCCCCUUAAUCAUGAAGCUGAACCAGAGGGGCUGUGUCCUCUCCCCACCCCUGCUGCCCCCAGCUGCGGGGAGCUCACAGGAGCUGGGCUGGGGGCAGCGGCUUCCUCAUGCUGGACCGGAGCCGGGCUCCUCUCGACCCAGGGGUCCCUCUUUCUAGGGUCACCUGCCAGGGCUUACGACUGUGAAUCCUUGAUGUCAUGAUUUUAUGUGAUGACUCCUGGGAGUCCCCUGCCCCUGGGGUGGGAGCAGGGCUGGACCCCAAGUCCCUUCCUCUUCCAUGGAGAGAAGAGCAAUCUGGCUUCUCCCAGGACCCCUGUGAAUAUUUAUUCUAUUUAUGGAUACCAGGAAGUGUGUUGGUGAAGUGAGCCUCUCCCUAGGUACUUCCUGCCAGUUCUGAGGUGGCCCCCUCUUCUGGACCUGGCUCCGGGGGCUGGGAUUUUGAUAUGUUUUCUAAUAAAGGACUUUGUCUCA